UUCAAAAUUUAUUUAAUUUGAUUCAAAAAAUCAAACUAAACAAAUAAACUAAGAAGAAAAAUACAUAUUUAUGGUACAAAAGAUACUUCUUCUAUCCAGGAAUAGAUUACAAUCUUUUUUUCCUCUAUCUUCGAUAACUUUUGUUUAUUUACUGUAUAUAUUUUUGAUCAUUUUUUCAUAAAAUAAAAUAUUUUUCUUUUACAUAUUUGGGGCAAGUCCGCAAUGACAAAGGCAAAUUUGACUUCCUUAAUAUCAUCUCGUUUGCUCUUCCUCCUUGCCCAAUUUCGAGAAUGGCCGAUAAAGUCGAAGAGCAACCACAAGCAGGAGCAGCCACCAACGCCUCCACAAUGUCCGAGACCGAAGCUCCCCAGGGGGCUCAGGAAACCCCUGCUCCGGAAUCUCCGAAGAAACCCGACACGUUCUCCUUCAGCAUCUGGCCGCCGAAUGAGAAAACCCGCGACGCCGUCGUCAAGCGCCUCAUCGAGACGCUAUCGGCGCCGUCCAUUCUGUCCAAGCGCUACGGAACCAUUCCCGGUGACGAGGCUUCCGAGAUCGCGAAGCGGAUCGAAGAAGAGGCCUUCAAUGUCGCCGGGGGGUCCGCCGGCGUUCGAGAUGGCGAUGACGGUAUCGAGACCCUCCAGGUCUACUCCAAGGAGGUCAGCAAGCGCAUGCUUGACACCGUCAAAUCCAGAUCCACCACUCCGCUGCCGCCCCAGGAGAGUAAACAAUCGGAAGAGAGUGGCGACCCUCUCGACGCUCCUCCCCCUGCUACCGGCGAGGAGAUCCCGGCGGCUGAGACCUAAUCCGGAAAUGCACAAUGAGGUUCCUAGGGAUUUAAUAUUUAUAUAUAAUAUCAAUUAGUCUGAUAAUUUGAGAUCAAAUUGUGUUAUCCUUUGGUUUUUGAACUCCAUAUAACAUCAGAUCUUAUUAAACUCAUCUCUCUAUC